AUCUUGGCGCUGAAGGAAACACCUGAACAAUUUCCUCGUUGUCCGCGUGUCUUCAACUACCCUUCCUUGUUCCAGAAAAAACACCGCUUCGAUUGGAACAUAUCUAUCCAGUCACAGGGAAGAGCAGCAGGCAGGAAACAAGAAAGAGAAAGGGAAGCAGAGAGAUGGAAACAAUCUCCCUUGGAAACAAGAUGCCAACAGCCUAUGAGGUUCUCGAAGACUUCAACUUUCCCAUUGGUCUUCUUCCAAAAGGUGUGGUUGGCUAUGAGCUUGACUCUUCAUCGGGGAAAUUCUCUGCUUUCUUGAAUGGUAGUUGUAGCUUCUCUCUGGAAGGGUCUUACCAGUUGAAAUACAAGAAUACCAUUAAAGGGUACAUAUCAAAGGGCAAACUUUCAAGCUUGGAAGGUGUUAGUGUCAAGCUUUGGUUCAUGUGGGUUAAUAUUGUUGAGGUCUCAAGGAGAGGAGAUGAUCUUGAAUUUUCUGUAGGGAUUGCUGGUGCUAAUUUUCCUAUUGAUAAUUUUGAAGAGUGCCCUCGAUGUGGGUGUGGAUUGAAUUGCAAUGAUCAGCAAGUAAGAAAGAUGAGGAAAAACCCUUUUGUUUCUUCUUAUUAAGAGAAGUUUGAAUGAGAGAAAUGUAGUAUUCAAUCCAUGAAUUUCAUGGGUUCUUGUUGAAUUUGAUGCGGAUCUAUGGAAUGGGUUGUGAUUCAUUUUGGUAUAUUGAUAA